ACUGUAGUCUUGCAUAACAUUAGUAACAAAAUGUUUACAUUGAAUAUCAUUGAAAAUAAAACCCAAACGCAAAAUAUAAGAUAAUAUAUGAAUCAAUCAUUUGAUUAAAUGUUUUAUUUUAUCAAUACAAUUAUCACCUCAAUUGGUCACUCAAGUAAUGGUCGAAAUGUUCAAAUCUGGUCUCAUGUUAUUGUCAGCUGUUCCUCAAUUAAGUCGAUUGAGUGCAUACUUAAGACACGCCAAACAAACGAUAUCUAAUACACUGUAUAUAUCAAUUGAUCCAAAUUUAUUGUCUUCAUCGACUACUGUCACCUCUAAUUGUCACAAAAACGAUAUCUUUGUUAAUCAAUUGCGCAAAUUUUUACCGCAAAUAUACGCCGAAGCGAACCGAAGUGCACCACUUCUUGACAUUCGAGUUGUCCAUCACUCACAUUAUCAUCGAAAUCAAAGAUAUACAACACAUUCUUCGGUAACAUUACAGCGAUCUCUUCAAUUCACUCCACAGGUUGUGCUUAUCAAUGGUGGCAAUUAUAAUGAAGAGUUAGUACGAAAUUACUUAAUCAAAGAGUUUGCGCUAAAUAUACAACAAAUACAAUGUAUUCCUGAAAAUGCAAAUGAUUUGCAAACCACUGAUGAUAUAAAUGGAGAUAAUGUCAAAGUGUAUGAUAAUGUUUGCUUAGGCGGAACUUUCGAUGGUCUUCAUAACGGCCAUAAAGUGCUCAUUAGUUCAGCUCAACUUCACUGCAAUCAAACUGUAACUAUUGGUGUCACCGAUAAGUCAAUGAUUAAAAAUAAGAAGUUAUGGCAAUUAAUACUUCCUAUGGAAAAGCGUAUCGAAGAGCUAAGAAAAUUUGUCACUGAUGUCGAUCCAUUUAUUAAGUAUAAUAUUGUGCCAAUCAGUGAUCCUUUUGGACCAGCUAUUGUCGAUCCCAGUCUUGAAUCCAUUGUUGUCAGUCAUGAGACAGUUAGAGGAGGAGAGAAGAUCAAUGAGAUUAGGAUUAAAAAUGAUAUGAAGGCAUUAGAUAUCUUUAAAAUUGAUUUAUUGGAUGACUUUAAUAAACAAAACACUUUCGAAGAGCAAAAGAUAAGCUCUUCAUCAUUAAGAAUGAGAAAAUUGGGAACCAUUUUAAGAGAACCAGAAGUAAAAAAUUUGCCGAAACGGCCGUACAUUAUAGGUCUUACGGGUGGUAUAGCGAGUGGUAAAUCUUCAAUUGCUGACAAACUUAAAAGUCUUGGAGCAGGUGUUAUCAACUGUGAUCUUAUGGCUCAUAAAACAUACGAAUCGCCUGAAUCCGAGGCGUUCAAAGAAAUUGUCCAACACUUUGGUAAACACAUAUUGAUUGACGAUUCAACUAUUGAUAGAAAAAAAUUAGGAAAUAUUGUGUUUACAGACAAAGAUAAGCUCAAAGUUUUGAAUAAUAUUAUUUGGCCGAAACUGGAAGUAUUAAUUCUGGACAAAAUCAAUGAAAUGAAAGAUAAAUAUCAAGUAAUAGUUCUUGAAAUUGCUUUACUAUUAGAAGCUAAAUGGGAUCACAAAGUUCAUCAAAUAUGGGUGACAUUGAUCGAUGAAAAUGAAGCCAUCACUCGACUACAAGAACGCAAUCAAUUGACUCAGGAAGAGGCUGUAAGUCGUAUUGAAUCUCAGAUGACUAAUGAAGAUCGUGUCCAAAGAGCUAAUGUUGUAUUUUGUACGCUUUGGGAUCAGUCUAUAACUAUGGAUCAGGUGAAGAGGGCUUGGGGUUGUCUACAAUCAUAUUUAAAAAAACAUUGAGUUUACAAUUAAUUUAAUAAUUGUUA